AUGACACUUGGGGUCAUUGUCACAGUCUGUGUGGCCAUGGGACUUGUACUGUCGGCUGUUGCCGUGUCCCCGGUAACCCUAAGGCUGUUUGAUGGAGAUAGCAACUGGAUCCAUAUCAACUUCUACGAAGAUGACUUCUUAAAGUUCUCUGUGUGCAUGAGGACCAUCAAUUCUCUGUCAUGCACGGCUGAUCUUUCACGUGACGCCAAACACCCAAACGAGGUCGACGACAUGAAGGUACUCACCGUAGACAAACCUGAAGUGCUUCGUAUAUCGAAAGCGUAUUCGCAUGUUUUCUCCUGUAAUACAAGCAUUUCCAAGCAACAACUCGUGUGCAGGCGACUGCUAGCCGAUUCCAAUCUUUGUGGAACCCAUGUUCGGACCGACUACUUCCGUUUUGUGAACGAAUCGACUCCAAGUUCAAGAUGUGUAGGGUUUCGGUUUAGCGCUAUUAAGGAAUCAUUACUGUAUGACCCCAUUUCUGAUGGUAUUGAAAUGUGCAACAUUAGUUGUAACGCAACAGGUGAUACCCGACAUAGCUCAAAACCUGAACGUCACACAUCACCACGUCUGCCAGUUGAGGAUGGAUCAACGGAGGCAACGUCACGGGACAGCACAGAAGGUCUUAGGCAUUCUUCAAGAGAACCAUUUCAUCAUCACAGAGAUGAUGACGAUGACGACAAGGAUAAAACCCAUAUCAUUAUUGCAGCUGUUGUCAGCAUGGUUGUUACCUCUGGUCUGAUCAUAUCAGGGUUUCUUUUCCGAAAACAUAUUUUAGGAAUGAGAAGAAAUCCAAAUGCACAAGCCGAGUACGUCGCAAAUAAUACUACAAAAGACCACACAAACAAUAACAUAAAUGGACAUCAGGAGAAAACUCCCCCAACUUCUGCAAAUUCUACAGAUUCUUCUGAUCUUAGUUUAUCAACUGUAUAG